UAUGGACACAGUAGCCGCAGAGCAGAGCAGAGGUCUAUAUCUCCAGAAUAGCUAGUGAAGGCCCAGGAAGCUGGAUUGAAUAGCCGUACUGCAGAAAAACCUCACUGAAGGAGAAGAAGAAGAAGAAGUACAGUACGAAAUGGCGCAACGAGAAGCAGCCGGAAGUUUGUCGGAAACCAACGUAAUUAUCACGCAUUUGAUCAAUCCGCACUGCUUCUGGUACAGACCGGAGUCCACAUACGCCAAGGACCACGAUUAUCAACAAUUUUCGGAGGCUCUGAAUGAACACUGUGAACGCCUGUACGGACGACUUUUUGCUGGGCAGCCGGCACACGGAGGGACGAUCCUACGGACGAAAGCACUAGCAGCCGUUUACCAUGUGGCACAGCAGCGUUGGGUGCGGUGUGAGGUGGAUGAGGUUGUGAUUGGUCUGGAUGGAAAAGCGACGUAUCAGCUCUGGGCACUGGACGAAGGACUGCCAAUAAAAUCGACCCCGGAGUAUGUCCGAGUGCUGCCCUCAAGGUUCGAAAGCGCACCACCGCAGGCCAUGCGUGGUGCUAUUGCUAACAUUCUUCCAGCCAGCAAACGCCGGAAUGGCUUGGGACUGCAGGCUACUCUAUUGCCAUGCAACAAAUGGUAUGCCGGUGCCGGUGCAGUAUCGAUGCUCCAGACUAUGGUGGAAGGUGCGCUCAGUGUUUCGCUGGUAUGCAACGGCGGCACAGCAAAGGUGGAAGAUGAGACGAUCCACUUUGCCGAAAUGACCAUCACCAUGCCCCGUUUCGAACCGUUCAACGUAGUAGACGUGCUAGCCAAAGCCUGCUCGGAGCAGAUGAUUCGGUGUUCCAGCGAGGAGUUUGUAAAGCGGUUUCCCAAGCUACAAACAUUCACCAUUAGACGAUACCUGAACAACGAUGGGCAUGACAAAAUGCCCGUACAGAGUGCGAACACGAAUCCGUUAAGGACAAAUCAACGACCGAUUGUCCACCAGGGAACCGUGCUCAGGACAUUGCCGGAUUCGGAAGCAGUAACCAAAGUAAACGACUGGUUGAACAGUAACAUGACCACUGGGGCAGAUGGGCAGGGACGGUUGUAUGCAACAACAAAACAAUGGCAGAGUUGAUUCAAUACC